AUGUCGGGCUAUUUAACAUACUACCAAUCAAAUGGUUGUUUCAGAUGGUAUGAGUGCCAUCCGUCGUGCCAUCGUUCAGUCCAAUUCUUCACGACUACUCAACUUCAUUCUCGUACUCAAUAUGUAGAUGGCCAUCUUAUCUCUGAAUAUGACUUAAUCAAGUCCAGAUGUCCCGAUUACAAUGAUCAAUACCUGAUUUGUUCUUUGCAUCGUCAUUUAUUCUGUGAACGUUAUAUACCCAAUCGGUGGUGUAGCUAUCAUGGCUGCUACAGUACUAACGACUUGGCGUACAUAGGUGUUCGAGCCGCAUUGGCUAUAGGAAAUGUUCCUAUAUUCGGCUUAUUGUGUGUUAUGCACAGAAACUAUUACGAACAACAAAUGCUGGCUCGCAAUUUACGAUGCAUUUUAAUUACUCGGCCUGAAUCUCUUCCUGUGAUGGAUUGUCAACAAUUGCUAUCCGAAAAUAAAAUCGGAGAACAUGCCAAUAGUCGUUCAUAUUCUACAAUGCAGAAAUCUGAGGCAAGUAUGACAUCCACAACAAUGCGUGACCCAGAAGCCGGUCAAUCUUUUGAACCAACCACUGAUCAAAAUCAACAAUUUCAAUCGAAUAUAUCAAGACCAAUAGUUGAUGAAUGUGUUAUUCAAGUAAAGGACACGAAUCGGAAUCAUCAGAAAAGACGGCCUGAUACACAAUCGUCACCAUCGCAACUUUCCAGUAUUGAACCAAUGGAAGUACAGAAAUAUAUUCAGAUUGAAAUAUGUGCAGAUCUUUCGAGUUAUCAUCAAUCGGAAGCUAUAACCUUAUCGGAGACCGACACGUUUUCUACUCUAAAAGCCAAGAUCAUAGAGAGAUUCCCACACACUGCUACUACCAACGACGUAUCUUUAUUUUACAAAGCGGAUCGAUCGGAAAAUAGUCGAUGGAAGAAGCUAAAAAAUGAAGAAGAAAACCGACUUCCGAGCGAACUGUCAUUUAACCAUGAUUAUAUUGCGACUUGUGCAGCUCCUGAUUCUCUUGAAAUCAAGUCAACUGCUUCACACAACGCACAGCCAUCAAACUGUUCGGCAAAAAACCAUGCCUUAUAUCCUCUGCCAGGUUUGAUAAAUUUUGGCAAUACUUGCUUCAUGAAUAGCGCAUUACAAUGUCUGAAUCAUAUUAAACCCUUUUUUGAUUAUUUCCACAGUGAUGUGGUAAAAACAUUGCUGUAUGAGAUUAAAAACAGCGAAGAAGCAAAAUGGAAACUGACUCAGUUAUAUCAAGAGUUGAUUGAUUCUUUUUGUUCACCACUUGGGGGACCUGUUGCACCUCGUGAGCUCCAUUUUAAAUUUGGACAAAUAGCACCACACUUUUACAACUAUUAUCAACACGAUGCAAUUGAGUUUCUGAAUAUCUUACUCGAUACAUUGCAUGAAGGUUUAAUGCAAAUAACGCAAAAAGAUGAUACGAUUAUCUCCGAACUUUUCCAUGCGCAAAUUACAACAGAAAUCACUUGCAGGUGUUGCAGAAAACCGGCAAACACUGAUGAUUCCUUCAGCUUUCUUCCUUUGCCGGUGCCAGAACAACAUAAGGACAGGACUUCCCAACACACUAGUGAAUACAAACUCGAUGAUUGUUUUAGAUUAUUCUUUCAAUCAGAAAAUAUUGGAGACCACGGAAAGUGGUAUUGUGAACAUUGCAAGGAGCUAACUGAUGCGAAUAAGACGCUUGCUUUGAAAAAAUUACCCCCAGUGCUCAUUAUUCAAUUUAAACGGUUCAAUUACAAUCUCAGGUCGCAUGCAAAAAACAAUACCUUAAUCGCAUAUGAUCUGGACAAUUUCGAUGUAAACGAAUACGUUGAUUCACAAUACCGAAACAAUCGUACUCGAUACAAUCUGAUCGCAGUUGUCAAUCAUCAGGGUAAUCUCCUUGGUGGACACUUUGUAACUUAUGCAAAACUCCCGAGGACAUCGGAAUGGUACGAAUACAACGAUGAUCAAGUUAUUAAAGCAGAUAAAAGUAUACAUGAGAACAAUUCUAGAGCAUACAUUCUCCUUUAUCAACAAGAAGAAAAUGUUGAUACUGGGACAGCUGUAUAG